AGAGGUAGAAGAUCCUCCCAUCCCCACCCAUCCCAGUUAAUUAUUUUCUCUGGUAUGUGAAGUGGGAGACUAAUAUGAAUGAAUUUGCAGGAUCCUGAGUUUCUGCCUCGAAUGGGGGUGGAGGACACUAAGGUGCUUGAGACUGAGAAAAUUAUGUUCUCCCUACUCACCAAUCCAGCUGGGGCAUAAGAGAGGCUCUGUGUAUUUACCAUUUGAAAUUCUGAAUGAUGGUUGACUGCUUUUCCUGUCAUAAUUUGGUCAGUAGGACAUGUAUCCAGAAUACUUUUUUCCAGACCUAAAGCGAUUCUUGUAUAAAAAGUUACCAAGUGUUGAAGGGCUCCAUGCCAUUGUUGUAUCAGAUAGAGACGGAGUACCUGUUAUUAAAGUGGCCAAUGACAAUGCUCCAGAGCAUGCAUUGCGACCUGGUUUCUUAUCCACUUUUGCCCUGGCAACAGACCAAGGGAGCAAACUUGGACUUUCAAAAAAUAAAAGUAUCAUCUGUUACUAUAACACCUACCAGGUGGUUCAGUUUAAUCGUUUACCUUUGGUGGUGAGUUUCAUAGCCAGCAGCAGUGCCAAUACAGGACUAAUUGUCAGCCUAGAAAAGGAACUUGCUCCAUUAUUUGAAGAAUUGAGACAAGUUGUGGAAGUUUCUUAAUCUGACAGUGGUUUUAGUGUGUACCUUAUCUUCAUUAUAAUAACACACUAUCAAUCCAGCAAUCUUUAGACUACAAUAAUACUUUUAUCCAUGUGCUCAAGAAAGGGCCACUUUUUCCAACUUAUACUAAAGAGCUAGCAUAUAGAUGUUAAUUUAUGGAUAGAUCAGUUGCUAUAUUUUCUGGUGUAGCGUCUUUCUUAUUUAGUGUGAUCUAGGGAUACCACAGAAAUGGUUCAGUCUAUCACAGCUCCCAUGGAGUUAGUCUGGUCGCCAGAUAUGGAUGAGAGAUUCUGUUCAGUGGAUCAGAAUCAAACUGGUACAUCGAUCCACUUGAGCCGUUAAGUGCUCCCAAUUGUACAAUAUGCCCAGGCUUGCAGAAUGAAGCCAGCUUUUUAUUGUGAAUAAUAAUAAGGACAUAUUUUUCUUCAGAUUAUGUUUUAUUUCUGUGCAUUGAGUGAGGAACAUAAAAUGGCUUGAUAAAAGUAAUAAAAUCAGUACAAUCACUAACUUUACUUUGUACAUAUUAUUUUGCAGUAUAGAUGAAUAUUACUAAUCAGUUUGAUUAUUCUCAGAGGGUGCUGCUCUUUAAUGAAAAUGAAAAUUAUAGCUAAUGGUUUUUCCUCAAACUCUGCUUUCUGUAACCAAUCACUGUUUUAAUGUUUGUGUGUUCUUUAUAAAAUUUAAAUACGAUUCGUUAUUCUGUUUCCAAUGUUAGUAAGUAUGUAAACAUGAUAGUAUAGCCAUUUUUUUCAUUCGUGAGUGAAAAUAAAAUAGUAUUUUUAAAAAUAUAGUUUGAGCACUAUAUAGGUCCUUUUUUUGUUCAGACUUUUUCCAAAAAUCUAAACUUAAUUACUCUUUCAGCCACAUGAAUAAAUAAUGAGUGUUUCUUGUAGGUAUUGGUUUGGAGGUUGUUUUACGGCAGUAUAAACUGUUAAUUGGAAAAUAAACCUCAGGUUGCAGUCAGCCGAGAUUGCGCCACUGCACCCUAGUCUGGGCAACAGAGACUCCGUCUCAAAAACAAAACAGAAAAGAAACCAAGAAACCUCAGGCAUGAAGCUAAUUUAAUCUCCAUGAAAGAAGGACUACAGUUCUAGAAUAUACCCUUUAUGUUCAGGAAUGCAGUCUAUCAUUCAGAGUUGUUAAUUUCUCUCUAGUUUCUUUGACAAUCAAUUUUUCCCUGGAACAGUUCAGUACAUGUGCAUUGAGCACCUGUGUGCCAGUCAGCAGAGCUAUCACAUUGCACAAUGCUAAGAAGCACCAUUCAUGUCACAUCAUAUUUCUAUGCUCUGGGAGUUGCUUUUCACAUAGAAUAUGUGUGAUUGUUAUCCCUAAAAUUGUGCAGUGAGGCAGUUGGCUAGGUGCUGUGCUGCUUUUUCUUUGUUUUUGUUGUUUUUUUUUUUUUUUUUAGAGACAGAGUCUUGCCAUGUUGCCCAGUCUGGAGUGCAGUGGUGGCAUGAUCUUGCCUCGCUAUAACCUCUGCCUCCUGGGUUCAAGCUGUUCUCAUGCCUCAUUCUCUCUUGUAGCUAGGAUUACAGUCUUACACCAUUGUGCUUGGCAAAUUUUUAUAUUUUCAGUAGAGACAGGAGUUCACCAUGUUGGCCAGGCUGGUCUUGAACUCCUGACCUCAAGGGAUCCGCCUGCUUUGGCCUCCCAAAAUGCUAGUAUUACACGUGUGAGCCACAGCACCAGGCCAUGUGCUACUUUUUCUUCCUUCCAUCCUUCUACCCUCCUUCCAGUGUAAAUAUGAGAUUAAUUUGUGAUACUGUCCUUUAAAGAACUUAGAGGUCAGUAAAGGAAGCGGGUAUAGAAAGUGCUAUGAUAAAGCUAUACAUAGGAUGGUAUAGAACCACAGACUAGAGGCACCUAAAAUGGGCAAGAAAAUAGCCUUUACAAAUAAAUAGAAGCAAGAGAUACAAUGCUUUACUUGCAAAAAAACCACAAAUACAGUCAUGUACCAUAUAAUGAUGUUUCAGUUAAUGAAAGACCACAUACGAGGGUGGUCAGAACAGCAGGCUAUACCAUAUAGCCUAGGUGUGUAGUAGUAGGCUAUACCAUCUGAGGUUCCUGUCAGUACAGUAUGAUGUCCAUAUAAUGAUGAAAUCACCUAACAAAGCAUGUCUCGAAAUGUAUCCACAUUGUUAAGCAACACAUGACUGUAGUUAAUUGUUACAAUUGAAAUAUUAGAUGUACUCAUUAAAAUCCAGAAUUCCCAUUAUCUAGAUUAUUAUUUAAUAAUGUUCAGGAAAUUUUGCCAGUGCAAUAGUGCAUUAAACAAUGUCUUUUAGAAAUGAGGUGGCCAGAUUUCUAUUUGCAGGUAAUAAUUGUAUAUCGAAAACUAGAAAAAGAAAUGAUUAUAAAUGGAGCUACUUAACCUUUACAUGUUGAAUGCUGCCACUGUUAAAAUUUCUGAGGGGGUAUAAUAGAGAAACUAUCCCAUAGUUCAUCUGGAAAAAUAAGUAGGUGAAAAUAGCUAAGAAGUUUUUGAAAGGGUAAUAUAAACCUAGAUUAACUAUUUUUGAAAGGUAGUACAGAACUGAAUGCACAAUUAGAUAUCUAUGGUAGGUACUCACCCAAAAAAUAUUUCAGUAUCAUACAUGUGAGGGCUUAAAACAUUGUGAUAACGAUGGGAUCACAAUGGGAAAAGGAUUAUCCAAUAAGUAGGGCAGGCAUUCUCUGUGCCUGCUAGGGAAGUGUAACUUGUUAUACUCUUUAUGUACAGCAGUUGGCAGUCUAUGAAACUUAAAUUCACAUACAUAACCUUUUGCCCUGCAGUUCCACUUCUAGAAAUUUAUCCUACCAAACAAAGCACAUAGAUGUGCAAAAGUAUGUAUUUACAAGUAUAUUCUUUGCAACUUGGUAAUAUCAAAGAAUUGGAAGCAACCUAAAUAUCUGCCAUAGGUAGGAUAACCGUAUCCUCUGGCUUUUUGAACACUAUCAGUUUAUACCUGCUGUUCUUGGUAUAAUUAUUAAUCGUGCUCCUUUCACUCUCAUUGUCUCACUUUAGAUAAUAAAUUACACAGGAUUGGUGAAACAAAUUUCAUUUGCCCAGUGGAAAAAGGAAUGAAGAAGUGCUUUAGGUACUGAGAUGAAAGGAUCUCUAAGGCAUAAUAAUGUUUAUCGAGAAAAGCAUGGUGUGAAACUGUGUGGCAUGCUACAAUUGAUGUAUAAGAAGAAAAAUGUGUGUAUUCAUAUUUGUUUGUGUAUGGUAGACUGUCUCUGAAGAUAUACAUGGAAGAACCUGAUCACAUUGGUAGUCUCCAAGGAGUGGAACUAGAUACCUGGGGGAUAAGGAUCCCAGGAGUGCUCCUUUUCAUUGUAAACUUCAUUGUACUUUGAGUUUUUAACUGUUCAAAACUAUAAAAUUAGAAAUAAAAUAUUUCAACAAACAAUAAAA